UUUGCUUUAAAGGGGAAUGAAAACACGGUCGGACUGCUGUGGGCGUGGAAGGUAACUUCCUGUUUUGAAGGAAAACGACUGGCGUGAGUAUCUGAUUGUUUUGUGGGUGCAAGGACUGACUUACGUGCUGUGAGGAGCGGAGGAGCCAUGCCUUUCCUCCACGGGUUUCGAAGGAUCAUUUACGAGUAUCAGCCGCUGGUAGAUGCCGUAAUGUGUGUUGUUGGACUAGAGGAAGGAAAUGGUGGUGGUCAGGAAGACAGAGUGCGAAGCCCCGAGGACGAGUCUGGUCUGUGUACUUCUCUGGUGGAGCUUCUGGAGCGAGAGUCCCAGUCAGAAGUGUUUGUAGAAGGUAUCAGCUAUGCUCUGUUUAAAGUGGCAGAGAGGGGGCUGGUGUCCGCAGCUGAAAUCCUUCUACGUUAUGGAGCUUAUUUAAACUUUGAAGACCCAGUGUCAUACUACAACCCUCUACAUAUAGCAGUUUUGCGGAACAGGCCAAACAUGGUGCGGCUGCUGGUUGGACAUGGAGCAGACAUUGAAAAGAGGGACAGAAUCCAUGAGAGCAGUCCCUUGGAUCUUGCCAGUGAGGAGUCAGAGAGACUGCCCUGCCUGCUCACCCUGCUGGACCUAGGUGCUGAUGUGAAUGCAAGAGAUAAACAUGGAAAAACACCUCUGCUCCAUGCCUUGGCAAGCAGCGAUGGACUCACUGUGCACAAUACAGAGAACAUCCAUCUUCUUCUUCAGAGGGGUGCUGACAUUAAUGCUGCUACUGUAGACGGUGAAACAGUUGAGUCCUCGUUGGUGUUUCUGGUUAAAGAGGCUCUGGAGGCCAACGUGGAGGACGCUGCUGAGAUCGGUAACUUCUGCUUGAAAACCACACAACUACUGCUGGCUCACGGUGUGGACCCCAGCUCCUGUCUGAAUGAGGAUGGCGAGCCCUCCCUUACACAGACGAGCCUGGAGCACUUCGACCGUCUCUUUCCUCUGGCUGUGCUCUUAAUCCAGAGCGGAGCCUCUUUGGCUUGCUCCUAUCACGGCAACUCCUGUUGGUCAGGUUACAGCCUCCUUUUCCAGCGGCUCCAAGCAGCCCUGCAGCAAUGCUCUGAUGAAAGUCACGCCUCUGAGCUCCUGGAGCAAGCCGAGGUGUUGCUCGACUUAGCAAGGAUAAAUGUCCCUACAUUACAUCUGCCUCCCAGGCUGGAGCUCCCUGUGCCUGGUCACGACCCUCACCCAUAUGCUCAGGCUCUGGUAGACCUGCACAGCCGGGUGGUAGAGCAUGAAGCAAGCCCUCCUGCCUUGCGAUGCCUUUGACGGGCAUUCAUAAGGAACCACCUGCAGCCCUGGCCUUUGGAAGACCGAGUCAAAGCCUUGCCAUUACCAGACAGACUCAAAGACUUUCUUCUCCCUGAGCGCACAUACACCCCAAAGCCUGGUUGGGACUGCUUCAAGCCCCAGCAGAGCCAACGCUGAUGAUAGUUUUUAUUCUGCCUAAAAUCUGAAAUAACAGACUGAACAGGCCUGAAGUAAUUUGAAUAAAAUGUCUGGGCAUUUGUUCAUAAAUGAAGCUAAACCUAACAAAUUGAGGCCUUUGUUGAAUCCUCAUUGUAUGUUGUGAGUGCCAAAUUUACAGACAGAUGUGAUUAUGUUUACUUUAACACACAAAGGUAUGUAUGUGCAAAUUAGUGUCUGAAUUGUAUCUGUCACUGUUGAAUAAACUGCCAUACAGUCAAGUGAACCAAAUUAAUAUUUAAAGCAAAUUGCAAUACAAAAUAAAAGCCACCAGAUGGCAGUGUUGCUCCUGCAUAUCAAAAGUAGCUCAAAUGCCAGGGUCAAAGAUUUAGUUAUUCUCAGUGCAGCCUAUUAAAGUUGUUCUAGCGCAGUAGGGUCCAUCUAUAUUUUAUCUCCUCAACAUGAUGGUGAUGUAUUGUGGAAUUUGUGUAUCUGCUCACUUAUCAUGAAGGUGGAUCAAUAAAGUAAACAGGCAUGUUUCA